AUCCUGUAUAUAGCUACAGUGUACAGAGUAAGGCAAUAGGCAGGCAUAUCGCUGUCCAACAUGAUUCCAAGGCUUACACUCAGAGUCGCAUUGGUCUUAAUGGCUGUAUUGACUGAACUGUACGCAAAAGAAAGCACACAGGACUUCAUCAGUAAAUACAACAACUACAACACCGUCUGUCGAGGAAUGGGAUACGAAAGAAGUUGCAAAGGAAGAGAUCAUGGGAUCGUAGCUUUCCAUGCACGAAUGUCCUCCCAUCAACAAAAUCUCGGUAACCAGGCUGUUGUUAUAUUUGGGAAGGUGACAUUAAACUCUGGAUCCGCCUAUAACGGUAACACGGGAAUAUUUACAGCACCAAAAGAUGGCAUCUACUCCUUUACAUGGACGAUUUUGACGAAGCUUGGAUCGUAUUUUCACACAGAAAUUGUCAUCAAUGGAAAUGUAGUUGGCUAUAAUCAUGUAGACGGUAAAUCUGGCAGUUCCAAUUACGAGUCUUCCUCAGCAACAGUAAUGGUUAGAAUGAAGAAGAAGGACAAGGUCUGGAUAAGGAUAUAUAGUGGUCUCGGAAAAUUUGGAUAUGCGGAUUGGUCGUCAUUCUCUGGGUUUAAAUUGUAAAUUAAAAAAAUG